UAUUUAUAUCAAAAACAAUUUUAUUCGAUUGCUUACGAGUGGAUUUGGAACAGCUGAUACUCGAUUGGGCUCUCGUUAACGAAUGCCAACAUCUCGAAUGUCGAAAGUGCUUAUACGUUAACGAAUACGGAUUGACUGGAGGGAACUGACCGUUAUUUGAAUUUUCUACGUAAUAUGUCAUCAUUCAUCAAUUCGUUCAAGGCACGCCGCAUAUAAAAGAAGGUACGAUCGCUUCUUUUCAUUUUAGUAAAGAAAAGUGCGUCUAUUAGAAAGAAAUUGUUUCGAGCAAAGAGGAGUGCGCUAAUUUUUAGAAAAUGAGUGAUGAACUAAGUGGUGCUGUACAAAAAAUAUCUGUCGAAGAUGAAGAUAUUGUUAAUCCAUGGACGGUGGAAAGUAUCAGUGAUGCAGGCAUUAACUACGACAAGCUAAUUGACCGCUUCGGUUCAACACGCAUUAAUGAAAAUUUGAUAAAGCGCAUAGAAAAGAUAACUGGGAAGCCAGCCCAUCACAUGAUUCGGCGAGGAAUAUUUUUCUCGCAUCGGGAAUUGGAUGUUAUAUUAACAUUAUGGGAAAAGGGCAAACCGUUUUAUUUAUACACCGGUCGUGGGCCAAGUUCGGAGUCGAUGCAUAUGGGUCAUCUAAUACCUUUCAUAAUAACAAAAUACCUCCAAGAUUCCUUUAAUGUGCCUUUGGUAAUUCAAAUGUCCGAUGAUGAAAAAUCAUUAUGGAAGGAUUUAAAAGUAGAGGAUGCUAUUAAUUUAGCCCAUGAGAAUGCCAAGGACAUCAUAGCAAUGGGAUUUGAUCUAGAGAAGACCUUUAUUUUUAACGACUUGACAUUUAUGGGGCAAUGUCCAGCUUUUUAUCAGAAUAUAAUUCGUAUGCAAAAAUGUGUGACUUUCAAUUCAGUUAGAGGUUUAUUUGGUUUCACUGAUUCCGAUUUGGUGGGAAAGAUUGCUUUUCCGAUUGUGCAGGCAGCACCAGCUCUAUCCACUACAUUUCCUUUUAUUUUUGGCAACCAGAAAGUUCAUUGUUUAGUCCCUUGCGCCAUUGAUCAAGAUCCAUAUUUCCGCAUGUGUCGCGAUGUGGCGCCACGUUUGGGUUUCCCCAAAUGCGCUUUAAUACAUUCGACAUUCUUUCCUGCAUUGCAGGGUCCUAAAUCGAAAAUGUCCGCAAGUGAGGAGAAUUCUGCAGUGUUUUUGACCGAUACACCUAAGCAAAUUGCCGAUAAAAUCAAUAAAUACGCUUUCUCUGGUGGUCGCGCUACAAAGGAGGAACACCAAAAACUAGGUGGCAAUCCGGAUAUUGAUGUUUCCUUCCAAUUGCUAAACUUUUUCAUGGAAGAUGAUGCCAAAUUGGAGGAGAUUCGUUUAGCUUAUUUGAAGGGCGAAUUGCUGUCGGGAGACAUAAAAAAGAAGGCCAUUGAGACUAUUACGCCUAUUGUUGAGCAGCAUCAACGAGCUCGUAGAUCAGUGACCGACGAAGUAUUACAAAGCUUCAUGAAGAUACGCCAGUUACAUUUCAAAGGAUGCUCUAUUUAGCAUUGUUCGUUCGCUCAUCACAAAAGGAAAUUAUAAACCUACAUAUCUAUAUUCUGUUUGUUUGUUUUUGAUGUUUUUUUUAAGCUUUACAUAUGUAUAAUAAAUAUAUAGGGUAAAUUGCGUUCUAUUCGAAUGCAAUUUUCAUAUAAA